AUGGGGACACGACCGACUGUGGCCGCCCGCGCUUCGAAGGAGACAUUCAAAAGAACCUCCAAGACCACCCACGCCGCCGGGAACGACGUGACCCAAAUGGACCUCUUCGACAUGACCGGCACCCACAACAAGACCGCCAACGACAUGGCGAAAGUGGACCACAACCAUACCGAGUACCUGGCCUCUCACAUCGUCCUGAAGUACGUGAACCACCCGCACUACCAGUACCACCUGGAGAAGCCACUCCUUACCAAAUACUGCGAGCCCAACCACUGCUGGAACGGUUUGCCGUUCGAGGAGCCCGAGGCCUCGCAGCAAUGCAGGUGCGGCAACACGGUUGGCGAGAACUUCUUCACACAGAAGGAGGAGGAUGCACGCGGAUUUUCGAAGCUUGGAUCACUGAACGUGCGGGGAGCUUACAGCAGCAACGGAAGGAGGGGAUUGGCUGAAUGCGUUGCCCAGGUUCAGUUCACGGACUCGGAGCUCAUAAAGUAUCGGACAAGCCGCUUCCGGCCUGCGACCCUGCUUCUGAUUUCCUACGGCCUGGUGUCGCUAGCGGGUGCAUUGGGAUCGAACAGCGGUUCGGAAGCCGGACGCAGGCGUUUGCAGGCGCUGAUGAGGCGCGCAAGGGCUCCGAGCACCCAGGCGUGGCUACAGCGUCAGCGUUGUGCCCUGAUUGGAGACACAGAGAAGUCCUACCAAGCUUCCCCCGCAGCCAGUCCCAAGAGCAGCGUCAAAGGUGACUAUGCGCUAACCCUGGAGCAGAUGGUCGUCCAGGGUGUGCUGCCGGGAGAGCUGGCGACAGCAGCCGCCAGAACCUUCGGAUGGGAUGGUGCUCACAUGGUCAGUGAGGGGGCCUUCUUGGAGCUUUUCGUGCCAGCGACCCCAGAGGAUUUCCACACUUUGGACUUCAUGCGUGCUUUCCGGCGUGCUUGGCUGUUUGUGACCGAGAAACAGGAUUCCGUUGGGUUUCCAUCGCCAGAAAGGGACAAGGACGGGAGCUGGCUGUUCGGAGACGGGGAGCUGGAGGGCGAGGUCCAUUUGCCUCUCGGCCGCUUGCCGCUGCGGCCGAGCUCUGCGCCAGCUGCCACAGGAGGUGCAGCGUCUGCAGUGUCUGGCUUGGUGGAUCCCGAUGCUGAGCCAGGCCGCGAGGCGCCUCGAAACAUCGACCUUGAAGCGCGGCCUCCAGCAGAGAGCCAGAAGAGCUCCAAGGAGGCGUUGCUCGAUGCUCAGCAGCUACAUGCGCCGCCUGUACAGGUCGGUAUUCCAGGCAUGCUCAACUUGCCGAAGCCAGCAGUGUCGGAUGACUGUGAAGACAUCUCAGAUCAGUGUGGGGCUGUUCUGCAGGCUGAAGAGCAGUCUCCAGGCAGCCAAAGCGACACGGGACCUCCGGACGAGGAGGGCUUCGAAGCAGAAGGGAGCGCUGGCGAGGAAAGCAAGGCCGCCUUGGAUGAUAUGCCGGAUGUGGACGAGGAGGCAAUGGGAAGUCCUGUGGCUCCAAAGAUUGAGUCCGCUGCGGAAGAGGUUGAGGAGGAGGAGCAGGUUGACUAUGCCGAGAUUAUCCGACGAAAUGAUGAGUCCUACACCAUGCCAGAGGAGGAUCUUUGCUUGCGAGUUAAGCGCCCGCUUUCCACAACUGAUGUGCACGUGUCCGUCGGAUAUUCGGCUUACUCUCAGCUUCCGUGUAGCAGCAAUCCACUGCAGAGACCUUACUAUGCAACGCAGCUGAUGCUGGCAUCUGCCUCGCCUUGGCUGCCAUACCGCCUGCUGCUUCUUGCAGCACUGGGCAGAGCGCAGGCCUCUGGCUCCUGCGACAACGUGCCACCGGCUGCGAGCUACAGUUCUUCCUUGCUGCAGACAGGUGCUGCAGCUGAAGUGCACCAGCUUGUGCACGCAAGCCGCAGAUCAAAGUUACAAGCUGCAUUGUCGCUGACAGACUGGGUGAGCUUGGUCCUGAUCGUCGCGAUCAUCGCCUUCGUGAUUUACUUGCUCUGGAACUCUUCUCGAGCUGCGCCGGAGCCGAGAAAGGAUGCCGUCGGCAGCCAGGUAAUGCGCGAGGCGCUUGCGCUUGAGCUUAUGCAGGUCCAAGGAGCACAGUGGCUAUUCUCGCAGAGAUGUGCAGACCUGCUGCUGAGCCGCGAAUUAUGCGCAAUAUUCUCCAGCAUCUGCGGAGCAGAGUUUGGCACAGAAGUCCUUCGUAAUGAGGCUAUUCUGGUGUCACCCCUGAAAGUGCUGGACCGAUUGCUUCGGUGCGAGCCGAAAAGCCUGGAGCCCGACGGGGACUUUGCAUUGCAAGUGCCUGGGCGGCUUUUGGCCGUAAUGAAUGGUUCUUGUGACCAGUCUGGAGACCGAGCUCGCCAGUCCCAGCUGCAGGAGUUUCGCAGGCGGGAUUGCGAGGUCGAGGAGGACUACGAGAGCCAUGAAGCCACGCCUGCAUGUGGCUAUCCAGGCCCGGCCAUGAGACGCGUGAAUCGCGGGGAAGUCGCCCUGCUGUUUCACCUUUGUGCAAGUUUCGUUGUGAGUAUACGCCGAGAGAACAGCCACAUCGGCUUUGACACAUGGCUCUUGUUCCUUGCUAGCUGUGCCUGCUGGCGUGGGAUGACAGUGGCACUGCAAGGUGACAAGCUGGGCAGCGAAGACCUCUCGUACACCAUUCGCAGGUUGGUGCGCGGGGUGCAGUCCUCUCGGCAAUGCUGCAGACAGGGCUUCUGUCUGGCCCUGGCGGAAGUGCUGCAGGCAUUUCCCGACGAGCUCGCAACGGUUCUGAAGCUCGUGGACCAGACCUCUGAGCUUCAAUCCGGGCUUAAGGCAACAGAGCAGAAAGAGCGCCUCCUGGGACGGCUGCUCGUUUAUGCAGCCGUGCUGCAGGCUGGCAGCCUCCGACGAAGGCCAGCAGCGGAGGGUGGUAGCCGCGACAGAACUCCGACCGGCGAGGUCGUGUCAAAGCUGGGCAGGGGCUUGCUCCAAGUCUACAAUGCCCGUCCAUACAUGGCGCCUGUGGCCGUGUCAAUCCUGGCCGACACAUGUGGAGACCUCUGCCAGGGUGGGCACUACACACAAGUGCCCGAGGUCAUCACCGAAUGGAAACUGGAUGAGAAGGUCGGUGAUGGCGAAGGGAUGGCCUCGUUGGAUGGCAACGUUUGUGGGCUCGUGAUCGGCUUGCGAAAUGCUUACGAGGACACGAUUCGUGCUGGUGUCGCGCCGUCUUCAUUGAAGUCGUGGCCAUCUUGUGUGCGAAAGGAUGUUCUCCAGGGUGACGCCCUCCCAAAGGUUGCAAAGAAUUUGGGCAAGGCCCUAGCUGCACUCCCUGUGGGUGACCCCGUGCCUCCGCUGCUUGGAGCCUUCUGUGCAUGGUGGGUGCGGCCAAACAAAGGUCGGGACCCGGUGGCCCUGCAAGAGCGAAUUUGGCCAGCUUUUGAAGAGGGUCUCUUCCCAGACCAAAGAUCGCCUGCAGCGCUGGCACAGGGGUUCCGUGGUAUGGCAGAGCUGGCAACACAGCUUCGUGGCGCUGGCGACCAUGCAAAGGUCGACGAGGUCCUGGCCGGAUUCUUUCAGCAAUUUCAGAGAGGGUGGAAGCUGCUGCUAGAAGCCGUCGCUUGGAGCAAGGCGCCGGCAUACCAGUCCGCUUUGCAUGCGCACAGCCGUCUGGUGGCAGUUGUUGGUGGCCAUCGAGAGGGACUCCAGCCCUUGCAUCCUAAGGCCCACCAGAAGAGAGCCCACAAGCAGAAGCAAGAAGAGGCUGCACAAAGGCCAGGCUUAGACGAAGCGGCUGCUGCCACCUUGCGUGAUGAGACGAGGCUGACAAUUUUGGAAGCCUUGCAGUCCCGCCAGGAGUUCCAGAAGGUGCCGGGGAAUCUCCAGAGGCAGUGGCAACAGGCACUUUUGGCCCCACUGUCGCCGCCGGGUGUUCGAUCUCGCUGCGGCUCUCUCGUCGCGAGUAUUGCAAAGGGCAAAGGACCUGCGACUCGCGUGGCAGCGGCCCAGCUAGAGCAGCUGGCAUUGCAUAGCAAGGCGCCCGACGAGGUGAUCCUCGCAGUCGUCUUCCUGCAAUUCACGGCAGCGUUCUUUAGACCCAAGUCCCAAGGCACCUCUUGCAUCUUCUCCCUCCGAAGCUUCAAAGAAGAAGUGGGCUUGCCGACCAUGCCAGCCGAGGAUGAUGAUGUUGAGGUGCCCGUGGUGCAGUUGAAAGAGGAGGAGCGCAUGGACUGGUGCAGCAGGUUUUGGUCUGCCCUGGGGCGUCUGAGCCACCGCACCCUGCCAGAAGCUGCCCAGCGCGUCGUGUCCGGCGAGGUCGAGCCGUCCGCGAACGAGGCCUUUUCCGGCGGUGAAGAUGGACCCGGAUCGCUUGUGAGAUCACACGCUUACCAGGGCUGCCUGGGCGAUGGAAGCUAUUUGAUCCUGCGGCUGCACCAGUGGUGGGACCACAUACUCUCGCAGGCUCCGACAGUGCUGUCUUCACCGACGGCCAAGAAAAGGAAGAAGUCUCAAUCAGGCUGCCUCGACUACCUGGUGGACGUAAAGGAGGCCAGAAUGGCACUUCGUAAUCGAGCAGUGGAAAGCUGCAAAUCGAUCAUAGAGCUGUCGGAUGGGCGAGGAGGACUCUCUUUCAGGCAGAAAAAUGCUAUCUGCAUCGUCCCACUGUCAAUGUCGCUUGCCCUCAUCGACAAGAACCUUGAGACCCCACCGAGCGCAAAAAGAAUACUGACGGAGCUGCUGAACGUUGUCGACGAGAUUUCUCGAGUGGCCAAGACUACGAGCAAGACGAAGAAAAAGCUGCAAGAAAACCUUGCGGCCAUUCCACCAGUUGCUGCGGAGCUCUUCGUGGGAGAGUUCCCGAAUCUUGUACGGGAGGCUGCAAAAAUGGCCUGGCGCGAGCUUGGUUUUUUUGCCUCGGAAGACACGCUCACCGGCGUGUGUGGCUCUGUUUGCGGGACGCCACCGGAGAACGAGCCUGAAGAGGGAGAGGAGGACGACGAGGACGAGGUAGACGAGCCUCUGAGCGCGACGGGGGCCAGCCGCAAAGCUGCUUUUGAUAGCGCGAUCACUGCCCUGAAGGUUCGGCAGGACAGUGGGGCUGGCGAUGACGAGGAGGAAGAUGAGGAUGUGACUACGCUCGACUCUGCGGGAGUGCUCAAUGAGCUCUUGGGUGGGCAGGAGAAUGACGAGCUGCUGGAGUCUUUCGCAGGCUCAGGUCUCCAGGGUGUGGCGACGCAGCCAAAAACUUUGACGAAGAGGCAGCUAAAGCUCAAAGAGAAGCAGAACGACGCCGUCCAGCGUUUGCGAGAGGCCGAGCUGAUGGAGGCCUUCUUGAUGAAGCACGGCGGAAAGCGACCAGUCAGCCUCGACUUGGUCCAAGAGCUGUUCUCUGGCAUGGUCCGGUUGAUGCACAAGGCCAAAGCCAACCAGGGGGCGGAGGCUGGCGUGGGAGACAAGGCGGAGACCGAGCCAGGAAAGGGCAAGCAGAAGCGGAAGAAGAUGCAGUCAAAGGCAGAUGCCGAACUCCGGAAUCUCGAGGACGGUUUGGCGCACAAGAUCCACAAGCUGCUGCAGAAACUCCUGAAAACUAUUUGUCGUGCGGGACAUGUGCAGAUCCUGGCUGGUUGGCAUUCUCCGGAGCAGUGGGCAUCAAAAGCAAGAAGUAUGUAUACACUGUGCCAGACGCCCAACGUCUGCUUGAACUCCGGCCCUCGUCCUGUGGAGAUCGGCAGUGGCAUCUUCUACUUUUUCUGUGCGGCUCAUCAGGCCGCAAGCCAGGCUUCUGAAGACCCUCCGGCAGGCUGGGCGCUGGCAGAAGAACUGCUGGCCUCGUUGCUCCAAGACUGGGGAGGCAAGAAGGACUGUGACAGCUGGUGCCAGACGGCUUUGAAAGCUUUCGCAGUCCGAACCCCACAGCUCUUACAAAAGCUGCCGUGGGUGGAGGCAAUUCGCAGCUGUCGGAAGGCGUAUACCCAGCGGAUGCAAUUGGCUUUUGUCGCCAAGAAUGUCCUGCGGCCGCACCUUCCUGGCACCAAGGAGGAUGAGGUGGCUGCCCUGCUGUCUUUUGCCGACAGCUUUGCCGCCCUUUGCGCGGAACUUGUGGCAUCAACGCUUGGCAAGCCGGCAGAGGAGGGCGGCAACUCCACCAACCAGAUGCAAAAGCUCCGCCGAGAAGCGCUGCAGGCGCUGAAGUCUGCACUCCGCGUACGGCAGAAGAGCAGCGAGGUUACAAAGAUCCCGCCAGAGAUUGCAACGACCAUCGCAAGCGCUGUUGCAGGUCUCCGGGACUCGCUGCCGAAUCAGCGUCGCCAAGGGGAGGUCUACCAGCUGUGUGUGCACAUCUUGCGCAUCGUUCGACCGCAGGUGUCAAAUCAGUCAAGCAAGAGGCAACUUCAGGCAGCUGGGGAGAGGCCGGCGAAACGAGCCAGAGGUGGCUCGGAGCCAUCAGGCCGCGGCCGCAGCGCCUCCGCAAGCCGCUCGCCCUCCCUGAGGCCACAUUCGCCUCGGCUGAAAGCAGCAUCGGCUUUUUCUUCCAACAGGCAGAAGCAGCGACAUUGA